AAUUCUGAUGUCCAUCUCAUUACAUAUAUAUAUUGAUUCAUGCCUGUGAAAGUGUAAUCUUUAGUACAAUCCCUACUAGAUUCUUUCACACAUAAAAUGGUUGUAGUGACAUCGACUACGUGGUCGAAAGAUGAGAAGAAGAAUGAUCCGGCAGUGUCUGUAGACGAGGUCGCAAUCUCACAGUUAUUAGACAAGCGCACAGCGGCGAAAUUAAACAAGAAAUACGACGAAGCCGAUGCGUUUGCCAAGGAACUCCAAGGAAUGAACGUCCGUUACAGCGACGAUACAAAGAUGUGGUAUGCCACAGGGGGUACUAAAAACCCUGCUCAGACAAGCCCUGUGAAAGUAGUGGCCACAAAGAAUGGAAAGGGUUUACGGCCUAUGAAUGCUUACGAGUUGAAGAUGAAGGAGAGACAGAGACGGCAAAGCAAGAAGAAUGCGAAGAAGCAGAAGAUGAUAAAGGCGAGUAAGAUAUCUAAGAUCACCAAGUUCGAUGACUUCAAGUCAGAUCCGUGAUGUUUAUUGUAGUGGGAAAUAUAUUGGGGUUAAAAAUAAUGUAUGAGCACUUUUCGCGGUGUUGCUGCGCUGACGACUGACAGUGGCUUCUGUGUGUAGAAAAUAUUUUUCCAAGGUAUGCAUACAGCGAGGCGACAUCAAAACAUAUUUGCGCUUCCAUUGAUUGUUGCAAAUGUAUACAAGGUCAGAUAUAAAUGCGAUACUCAGCCGAGACGGCCAUUUUCAGGACAAGAGCAGGCAAAUGGAGGUUGUCUUUGUCUGGGUAAAAAAAUUGACUGGCUCCCAAAGUACCUUGAAUUCUAUCUUGCAGAAAUCCAUUUUGGUACGUGUACGGGAAUACGUAUGAAUAUAUAUAUAUAUAUACUUAUAUAUUUAUAUAUUUAUAUAUACGUGUGCAAACAAGUCGAUAUAUGUAACUUCACAAGAAUAUGCAUGUAUACAUUUGUACAUAGGAAUAAGUAUCAUCUAUAUGUGUGGAUGUAACAUUCUUGACUAUUUAGUGGUCUAGACUAGGCUUCAAUGUAAGGGAUUGAAUUAGUACACACUUCACAUAUCAAGUUAUCCCGACACGAUUUCAAAACACUACACAACCGGUGCAUCUAAAUUUUGAACUGAUAAUAAAUUUUAAUUUAAC